AUGGAUCCGAAAUUAAUGAAUAUUUUGGCAGCUAUUGUCGAAGCGCAUAAUAAUACUGAUAGUUCUAUAGGUCGUCGAACAAUUCUAUCUAUUGUAGCUAAACAAGUUGACUAUAAUCUUAUUUCGUCAGUUAUUCCUGGAUUGACAAGAUACAGAUACACAGCAGCUCGUUUGUAUGCAGAAGAAUAUGGUAAAGGUAUGAUAAAAGUACCAUCACAUCGUACAAACGUUCGCUAUGAUCCAGCUCAAGUGGAACAUUUUAUUGAUUUUGUUCUUAGUACUCAUAUAUCUAUUGAUCUCUCGUUUGGGGAAAAAACUCUACGACUUUCUAGUGGCACAGAAUUACAUGUACCUGAUAUAAUUCGAUCAGUUAAUUCAACACGGAUUAUACAACAGUACUAUGAAUAUUGCUAUCAAAUGUGUUCUGAUUUUUCACCACUGGAUCUAAAUUUAAAACCAUACAAACCAAGAUUAUUACAAGCCUUAAGUGAAGAUGAUCCUGAUCGGCGACUCGAAUUUUGUGAAUGGAUCUUAGAUCCAACUCAAGAUGAUCAAACUCUAUUGGAUCAAAUUCUAUGGACAGACGAAGCUACGUUCAAAACAAAUGGUCGUGUCAACAGACAUAAUUGUGUUUAUUGGAGUGAUACAAAUUCACACUUUAUCAUCGAACAAGAGCUCAAUGUACCACAAGUUAUUGUUUGGGAAGGAAUAUGGUCAAACGGGGUUAUCGGACCGUAUUUUUUUAAGGACAAUAUAAUACCACAACUUCGAGAACAUUCAGCCUUUCAAACAAUAAUCUGGCAGCAAGACAGUGCACUACCUCUCUAUGGUCAAAUUGUGCGAGAUUAUUUAGAUGAUACAUUUUUACAAUGGAUUGGUCGUCGAUGA